GGAUAAGGCUUUUUCAUCAAUGUCGCACCAAAAUAUCGGAAAAAUGGCGUCGACGAGCUUAUGCUCCUCAUCACCGAUUUCUGUACCCAGAUUCGUCUCUGACAACUCUUCUGUCCGAAUGCUUGAUACUGACUGCACCACGAUGAGAGAUCUCAAGCAAGUCCACGCGAAUCUCAUCAAGACCGGCUCGAUAGCCGAUACCGUCGCCGCUAGCAGAGUCCUGGCCUUCUGCGCGUCUCCUCACGUCGGAGACAUGAACUACGCCUACUUGGUCUUCACCAGGAUCUCUGACAAAAACCCAUUUGUCUGGAACACUAUCAUCCGAGGUUUCUCACGGAGCUCGUCUCCCGAGAGAGCUAUCUCCAAGUUCUUGGACAUGUUGAGCUGUUCGACUGUGCAGCCGCAGAAGCUGACCUAUCCUUCGGUUUUCAAGGCGUGUGCUAGUCUUGGGCAUGCCCGGGAUGGGAAGCAGUUGCACGGAAGGGUUAUCAAAGAAGGCCUUGACACCGACCCGUUUAUACGGAACACGAUGCUGCAUAUGUACGCAAGUUGCGGGUAUCUGGAGGAAGCGUGGAGGUUUUUUUUGGGAAUGACGGAAUUCGAUGUUGUUGCUUGGAACUCCAUGAUCAUGGGUCUUGCCAAACAUGGGCGGAUUGGCCAGUCCAAGAAACUGUUCGACGAAAUGCCACAGAGAAACGGGGUUUCUUGGAAUUCCAUGAUCAGCGGAUACGUCAGGAAUGGUAGAUUUAUGGCUGCGUUGGAGCUGUUCCGAGAGAUGCAGGUGAAAGGUAUUAAGCCCGACGAGUUUACAAUGGUGAGUUUGUUGAACGCUUGCGCGUGUUUAGGGGCAAGCAAGCAAGGGAAGUGGAUUCAUGAUUAUCUGGUGAGGAAUGGAAUUGAACUGAACAGCAUAGUAAUUACUGCCCUUGUAGACAUGUAUUGCAAGAGUGGCUGUAUCGAGGAAGGUUUUCAGGUGUUCAGGAAUGCUCCUAACAAGCAAUUAUCAUGCUGGAACUCGAUGAUUCUUGGCCUAGCUAAUAACGGGUUCGAGGAAAAAGCUCUGGACUUGUUCAUGGAGUUGGAGCAUUCCGGGUUUCAGCCAGAUUCUGUCAGCUUUGUCUGUGUUUUAACAGCCUGUGCUCACUCAGGGAUGGUGCAUAAAGCUGACGAGUUCCUCAGAUUGAUGAGGGAAAAAUAUAGGAUUGAACCAUCCAUAAAGCACUAUAGUUGUAUGGUUGAUUUGCUGGGUCGAGCAGGGCUCCUCGAAGAAGCAGAAGCGUUGAUAGAAACCAUGCCGGUGAGGUCAGACACUAUUAUAUGGAGCUCUUUGCUCUCUGCUUGCAGGAAAAAAGGAAAUGUUCAGAUGGCUGAACGUGCUGCAAAAUGCUUGAAGGAGCUCGAUCCUGACGAAACUUGUGGUUAUGUGCUUAUGUCUAAUGCGUAUGCUUCUUUGGGCCUGUUUGGAGAGGCGAUUGACCAGAGGCUUUUGAUGAAGAAAAGACGAACGGAAAAGGAACCGGGGAGCAGCCUAAUUGAAGUCGAUUUUGAAGUUCACGAGUUUGUAUGUUGCGGGAGAAUGCAUCUUAAAUCACCAGAGAUUUACGAAAUACUGAACGUGUUGAAUUGGGAUGUGUCUGCAUUAAAAACAGAAGUUAGUGUCUAGCUCAGCUUCCUGAACAGCUUUCUGCCAUUAGUCUUGCUCGACAUUGCGACUGCAAAUGGUUUACAAGCAGCUUGUGCCAAUGAAAUGAGCAGGAAGAAGAUCUUCAGACUUUAGCAGCCUGUGCAUUUUGAGGGCAUUCUCUUCUUUGCUGCUGCUGAUCGUCUUUCCGGUAUGGUACAGGUACAGGUACAGUGAAGAUGAGAUGCGGUUCUACUAGACUCGAGGUUCUACCUACAGAAACAUUGAACUCGAUCCGAAGUAGU